CUCAUUCUCGGUCUCGCGCUGGUGCUCUUAGGGUUUCGGACUUUCGUUGUGCGCUGAGUUAAUUUUCGGGGGUUACAGAUUUAGAUUUUUAAAAAGUUAUUUUAAUAAAGCUAUUCGACUAUAGAGAUUGAGAUGUACUCGCUUUAGUGCGCAUAAUAGGUAUAGAGGAAAGUAUUGUUUCCUCAAGUGUCUAUAGAAAGGGAAAUGUGUAAAAUGUCAUAUUUAAUUUUCCUGACGGUGUUAUCCGUAAUAUUUUUUCAAACUGCAUCCGGAGCGAGUGUGUGCGGUGACGGCUGUCCUGAAGCGGCCGCCCCCCGGAGACAGGAGACCGAGGAAAUCCUAGGUUUCAUCGCUGGAGAUCAAGACUUCUUCAACAGGGACCUUGAACACGAGAGUCCUGUCGUCGACUGGCUGGAGGCCAAGGGCGCUCCGGAUUGGGGUAGAAUGAUCAUGUUGCAACGACGUCAUGCCGUUUUGCCUUGGCCGGAUGCUCAGAUUCCUUACGUGGUGUGGGGAGACAGAAGAACGAAGAGGAUAGUGAACGAGACCCUCACCAUCCUUCAGAGGAGCACCUGCCUCAUAUUCAAGACCCGCACGGACGAAACCAGAUACUUAAUCAUCAAAGAGGGUCUCGGAGGAUGCUGGACCUCGUCUGUAGGAUAUCCGCCUAGAGAUAAGAAGGUGAUAAUCAACUUGGGCGUAGGAUGCAGGUUCCAAGGCAAGAUCAUGCACGAAAUCUUGCAUGCCGCUGGAUUCUUGCAUGAACACACCCGUCCGGAUCGAGGAAAUUAUAUUCAAGUCAACUGGCAAAAUAUUCGAGAAGACGCGAGGAAGAACUACGGGAUAGACCUGAGAUACAGCAACCUGGAUAUUCCCUACGAUUACAAAUCCGUUAUGCAUUAUGGGAGGUUCACUUUUUCGAAGACUUCCCGACGCCCUACCCUCGUCCCCAAGCUUCCUGUCGCAGGCGAACUCGGGGGGUCAUCACUCACGCCUCUAGAUAUACGAAGGAUCAAUACCUUUUACAAAUGUAUUUAAAACGAAGAUUAAAGGAUUAUGGAAACAAAAGGAGUUGGAGUUUAUACAUGAUAUAAAAAGCAGAUGUGCGACUUUCUGGAUGGCCGUAUGCGUGUGCUUGGGAGUUGAUAUGACAUAGGAAUGUUUUUGUGAUAUUUAAUGGGAAUUCACUAUUGCGGAUUGUAAGAUGAGGCAAGAUUUGCAACGCCUGUGUGUGUGUGUGUGUGUGUGUGUGUGUGUGUGUGUGUGUGUGUGUGUGUG